UUAUUUGCAGUUCUCGCUCCUAUGGCAACCCAAUAGAUCAGCAUCAUGAAUAUUCACAAUUCGCCAAAACGCAUCAUGACUAUGGAUCAGUGUCAUCAGUGUCUGGAAUGCUCUACUGUAUUUUGCAUGAUUGUGUCGCGUUGUUUGAUGGCAGCUGGCAAGACAUCUGGUGAAAAGCGCAUCUUUCGUCGUGCAUGACCUUUCCCUCGUCUCCAUAUCACGGUCCGUCGGCACGUCCCUCACAUGUCACGCUAAGGUGACUUUCAAGCAGUUUUUUCCACUUUUGCGCACAAUGUCGGAACGGCACAAAGAUGUACAUCGGGGACGAAGUGGCCAAGCGGACCGCCCAGGCUGUGCGUGAGGACAUAUGCAAACUGUCAGGUAGUCUAAUUACGAAAAAGAGUAUCUCUCAUCUGUUUCAGUAGAGCCACGGCGGUCCAUGUCAUGUGUAGCAGGCUUUCAGGGCUUCAGAUUAGCUCCAGACUGAUCGCUCUCACAAACAGACAGGGAGCGCGGGGCUGGUGGCAAUAAUCGUUUUAAUACAGCCUAACAAUCUGGAUUUAUUUAAUUUCCCCCACUGUUUCUCAAUGUCAUAAUGGACAGGUUGCACUCCUCCAUGCGUAAAAGGCUCUACAGUUUGCCACAGCACAUUGGACAGAAAGCAUCCAUAAUGGGCGAAGGAGAAGACGCAGACAAGGACACCCGGAGGAAGAGUAUUAGGAUGAAGCCUUUACCGUCACCGUCGCCGACCUCUGGGGGAAGCUGCAAAGGCAUCGGGGAGACCAAAAGUGGGGAGUCUGUGAUUAUGGAGACGGACAUAGGGAGACCGACAAAGACCAGCUCAAAUGGAGAUUGCCGGAGAUUUCGAGGCAGCCUUUCGUCCAUCACAAGUCGGCAUGUGCACGAUUCUGACUCGGCGGAGGAGAGGCGCCUCAUCACCGAGGGGGAUGUCACCCCGAGCGAGGAGAACCCCCCCGGAGCCAUCGGCGAUGGGCCGCCGGAACAAGGCGCACAAGGAACCAGCGGUGGCGGCGCUAGCCAAAAAGAUUCCCCAGACCAGCAGUCGGGGUUUAUAAAGUUGGAUGGCAUUGAUCAGAUUCUGCCGGACGACGAGAGAUUAUACCAAGCUGGGUUCAUGCAUAGACAGUUUGGAGCAAUGCUUCAACCAGGGGUCAACAAGUUCUCCCUGAGGAUGUUUGGAAGUGAGAAGGCGGUUGAACGGGAGCAAGAGCGAGUUAAAUCCGCCGGAUUUUGGAUAAUUCACCCGUACAGUGAUUUCAGGUUUUACUGGGACUUGACCAUGCUGCUGCUGAUGGUGGGCAACCUGAUCAUCAUCCCUGUGGGCAUUACGUUCUUCAAGGACGAGCACACGCCCCCCUGGAUCGUGUUCAACGUGGUGUCCGACACCUUCUUCCUCAUGGACCUGGUUCUCAACUUCAGGACAGGCAUUGUCAAGGAGGACAACACGGAGAUCAUCCUGGAUCCACAACAAAUCAAGAUCAAGUACUUGCGGAGUUGGUUUGUGGUGGACUUCAUCUCCUCUAUCCCUGUGGACUACAUUUUCCUUAUUGUGGAGACGCGCAUCGACUCAGAUUUCUACAAGACAGCGCGUGCGUUGCGGAUUGUCCGCUUCACAAAGAUCCUCAGUUUGCUGCGACUCCUGCGCCUCUCUAGACUCAUUCGCUACAUCCACCAAUGGGAAGAGAUCUUUCACAUGACCUAUGACCUUGCCAGUGCCAUGGUGAGGAUUGUCAAUCUGAUCGGCAUGAUGCUGCUGCUGUGUCACUGGGAUGGCUGCCUGCAGUUUCUGGUGCCUAUGCUGCAGGACUUCCCCGCUGACUGCUGGGUGUCCAAAAAUAAGAUGGUGAAUGACACAUGGGGACAGCAGUACUCCUACGCACUUUUCAAAGCUAUGAGCCACAUGCUGUGUAUUGGGUAUGGCAUGUACCCCCCAGUGGGCAUGACAGACGUGUGGCUGACGAUCCUCAGCAUGAUUGUGGGCGCUACCUGCUACGCCAUGUUUGUGGGCCAUGCCACUGCUCUAAUCCAAUCCCUGGACUCAUCUAGACGGCAGUACCAGGAGAAGUACAAACAGGUGGAGCAGUACAUGUCCUUCCACAAGCUGCCGGCAGAUAUGAGGCAGAGAAUCCACGACUACUAUGAGCACCGUUACCAGGGCAAGAUGUUCGACGAGGAGAGCAUCCUGGGAGAGCUGAAUGAGCCGCUCCGAGAGGAAAUCAUCAACUUUAACUGUCGAAAGCUGGUGGCGUCCAUGCCUCUGUUUGCCAAUGCCGACCCCAAUUUUGUCACCUCCAUGCUCACCAAGCUGAGGUUUGAGGUGUUCCAACCUGGGGAUUAUAUCAUCAGAGAGGGCACCAUUGGCAAAAAAAUGUACUUCAUACAGCACGGAGUUGUCAGCGUACUAACCAAAGGCAAUAAAGAGACCAAGCUUUCAGAUGGCUCCUACUUUGGAGAGAUUUGCUUGCUGACGCGGGGCAGACGGACAGCCAGUGUCCGAGCAGACACAUACUGUCGUCUUUACUCACUGUCUGUGGACAACUUCAAUGAGGUGCUGGAAGAAUAUCCUAUGAUGAGACGGGCCUUUGAAACUGUUGCCCUGGACAGGCUGGAUCGUAUUGGCAAGAAAAACUCAAUCCUGCAACACAAAGUGCAACACGACCUCAGCUCUGGUGUACUCAACUACCAGGAGAAUGAGAUCAUCCAGCAGAUUGUGCAGCACGAUAGAGACAUGGCCCAUUGCGCUCACCUCAUGCAGAAUGCUCCACCACAGACUCCUCCCUCACCUACCCCUGUCAUCUGGGCCCCCCUCAUCCAGGCCCCUCUUCAGGCAGCAGCUGCCACCACCUCAGUAGCCAUUGCCCUGACACACCAUCCCCACCUUCCACCAACUCUCUUCAGGCCUCCAGUUUCUGUUCUGGGGUCCCUAAAGGACCCUUCCAACCGGCUUAAGAAAUUCCAUACAUUUGUUCCUCCAUCCACAGCACCGGGCUCUGCUGGGGACUCUCCCUCGAGCACUCCCUCCAAACUGCGCGGUGGGGUGGACAUGCCAUUGCUGGCAGCUUUUCGAGCCCAGCACAUGACAUCAGGUACAGGGGCAACCGGCUCUAGCCAACAGGCUUCAGGUAGCGGAGACCAGCGUGGACCUAGUGGGGCUGGGUCUAGUGGAGGAGGGGCCUCUGCUUUCCCCUUUGGACCAUUCUCUUCCUCUGGUUCACCCUCAUCAAGUAUGGCCCAGCUACACCCACAACCACAGCAUCAACAGCCCUUUCGCUCCAGCACCCCACCUCUCUCAAACCUCUUCCACCAAGGAUCUACAGGUGGAAGCACAGGGUCAGGAAUAAGUGGAAGCGCAGUUGGAGCCUGUGGUGGUGCUACAGGGUGGUCUUCAGGUGGAGCAGUUGGAGGAUCUGUGGAAGGAGACACUGGAGGAGACACUUCUUGGGCUGGAGAGGACUUUACAACUGGAACGACAGAAGUGACUCCUGGGGGGCACUUUGGGUUGGGGGGAGCUGGUGAUGGAUCAUUAGUCGAGAUCUCAGGAGAAUCAAUGGGAGGGAUAUCUGAAGGAUCAAUGGGUGCUGUUUGUAGCAGGUUAGCAGGUGGGGCAUCAGGUGUAUCAGUAGGGGGCGUUACCUGUGGGCCAAUGGGAGAUGUAGCCAGGAGAUCAAUGAGAAGAACAUCGAGAGGAUCAAUGGGAAGAGCUUCUGCGGGAUCAGUGGGAGGGUCUUCUGGAGAAUCACUAGUAGUAGUGACCACCAGUGAAUCAUUAAGGAGGGCGUCUGGUGGCUCAGUGUUUUCCGGGGGACUGACCGUAGGAGCCUCUGGGGGAACACUUGGAGGGGUUUCUGGUGAUUCAACAGUAUUAAAUCCUGGAGGGUCAUUGGGAAGGGCUUCUGUUGGAUCAAUAACUAGUCAUUUAGGAGGAGGUUCAAGUGGGCCGGGGGGAGGGGUUAUUGGAGGACAUAUUGGCAGAGUAGCAGGAGGGGCAGCAGGGAGCCAUAUAGGAGGGUCUACAGCUUGUCCUGCAGGUGGGACGUCUGGUGGAAUUACAGCUGGACUGAUUAGUUCCUCCCGUUGUCAGAGUCCUAUAUCUACCGGCUCGACCAGCCCUAUGCCAGGUCAGUUUUUCCAUAGCCAGCCACCUCCAAAACCUCCACAAGUUACUCCUUUGCAACAAUUUGCUGGGGGAGGCAGGACUACCAGUGGCUUAAACCAAUUCCAUUCCCCAUCACAAGGCUCCCCAUCCUCUUGUAGAGGACAGCACAGUCAGCAGCCUGCUGAGGGCUCCCCAUCUUCCCUCGGCCAUUUUAGCCUGGCAGGCCUCCAGCCUGGCCUCCUGCCUCACCAGAUGUCCCUGGAGAGGUCUGCCCUGGCCUCUCUGGCCCAAUAUGGUUCAGCAAAUGCCUCCCCCUGCCUUACUCCCAUUGCACCCAGCCCUACUAUUCAAAGCCCAGUGGCAGGCAGGACUUUCCACUACAGCGACCCCUCGAGUGCCACAGGAUCCCACAGUUCUCUGCUCAUGCCUCAGUCUUCUUUUUCUUCGCAGCUCCCCAGCCAGCCACACCCAACAGGGAGAGAUUCUCCACUGGGUCGUUUUUCCGAGGACCUAAAGCUUUUAUCCAGCUCACACCCAUCUCUACCCCAGGAGGUGGCCCAGGCCUUGGGCCACCAUACUCCUCGCUCCUCUGUGGAAACUGGAUAUUACCCCUCACCCUUUUCCUCACCCACUCUUGUGCCCAAACCUUGUAGCUCAGUGCCAGGGCACAUGACUCCUCCAAUACAGGUGUCUCCAGGGCAUCCUCACCAGACUCAGUCCCCUGGGGCCUCCCCGGCCUUGCCUCUACGGAGGGGCUCUGCUGCCCACUCAUCAGAUCUAGAACCUCAAACUGUCCGCUCUAAACUCCCGUCCAAUUUGUGAGGAUUGAUCACACCCUCCUGUGCUCCUCUAAACUGAAACACACAAACUAUCUUCAUGUGUGGCAUUAUUUUUCUUUCUGUCUUCAGACUUCACUGUGUUCCACCUCUCAUUUUACCAAGAUCUUAAAUUUACUGUGAUUUAAAAGACAAUUUACCGGGUAACUCGGAGCUCCAAAAUACUAAAAUAUUUGUUUUAUGCUUUGUCCUCUUUUUUUAUUCAUACAUACUGUAUAUAGAUAGAGAUAUAUUUAAAUGAUAAGUUAAUCAAGGGACUAGGAGGGUGUGAAAAAUGAUCUCAAUUUAAAGAACAGUCAUUUUCUGUGUUUCUAUAACUAUGCCAAAUUCAUCUGGUGAUGUUUGGGAAGACAAUUGAACGGACUACACAAUAAUACUCUUUUUCAGCAGGAACCUAUGCACUAAUACCUGCAUGUAUAAAGGCUUUUUGUGUGUUUAAACAAAGAAUAUCUACAUUUUUAGGUAAAAUAACAUGCUUUGAGACAGGGUGACUCUUGUACCAUCUCAUACAGGAUCACAUAUUGUUGAUCCUUAAAUGUAUCUAUUAGACUGUACUUAUUUAUCCUCUGUAUAAACUUUUCAAAACCUUAUGAGAAACAGAGAAGAGAUUUUAGGAAACCAAAAAGACUUUUCCUGUGGGGUAAUAAUUCACCUCCUCUUGGCCCAUCAAUCCUUAUUUUAUACCACUUUAUCCUAAUAAUACUGUUUUUUGAAGCAGGGGGAGAGGGGUUUAUCGAGACACCCUCCAUCUCAGUGUUGAGACAUAACAGUAUGUGAGUGACUGGCUUUCUGGAGUCCUCAACCAUGUCCUAACAAGCUCACUUUGUCUUCCAAGAUCAUGCCGCUAUUGUGUAGAAAGCAAGUGUUAUUUUUCUUCCUGACUGUGUGCAACUGUUUACGUGUGAGUGUUAGUGAUUCAGUGGAUUAGUCGGAUGCAAGGCAAGACUUUUCCCUGGACUGAUAAAAAGAGGUUUGCCUUUUUCACACAAAAUCUAGAAAAAUGUCCAUCAACCAGAGCUUGUGUGUGGUAUUGUGUAGCAUUCAAACCAUAGACAUUCAAAUGCAGUAGAAUAUAUAAUAACUCCAAAACUAGACUCAGUCAUUGAGCAAAUGCAGUGCAUACAGUACACAUGCUGAAAUAUCCGAAAAGUGCUGGAAAUGGAAAUAUGCCACCUGAUUUGUGCAUUACUUCUUCUGCUGUAGCUGCUAUAAGGUCAACAUAGGCAUGUUUACUUACUGAAGGCCAGUGCUGAGUUUGAGAUGUUGAAUGUAUGUACAUUUGUUGUUGCUAAAAGUAAGUACUGUAGCUAUGGUCAAUGCACUGAAGGUAUGGUGCCCCAUGGGGGGUUAAGAGACUGUUCCGUUACUAAAUAGGUCAUUGGUUCAAUGUCUUUGACCGAUAUUUUCAUCAGCAGCCAUUUUUCCUGCCAAAGUGUCCUUUAGCAAGACACAGAACCAAUACAGACUAAAUUGUUGACAGGCAAUCUGGAUAUAUAACUCAGUAAAUUGCCGGAAACAGCCCACUUUUUACCUCAAAUACUCCAUAUUACAAGUAUUUCGGCACUUCGGCGCUGCUUCUGUAACUCUGAAAAAAAUUGCUUUAAUUUUACAGAUAUAGGUGUGAGGACAACUUCGAAAUGACAAAAUUAACAAUUAUAAAAUACAUGGCUCAUUAUUUAAAGAUGCUGGGGGGACGAUAUUUAUAUAUUACGUUAUUAUAUAUUAUUAUAUACUAUACAGUACAUGGAGCAAAUCUAGAUUUAGCUGUUUGCAGUCAAAAUCAAAGCUGGGAAUAGGUCCAUCAUAUAUGUGUAUUAAUUCAGAAUCUGGUGACACUGUUUGAGAGCCUUACGGUGGUCAAGAAAACUAAAUACACAGUAGAGGACAGUAUCACUAAAUUCCCAAAGGAGAGGAGCAGCGAUAUGCUUCUACAUGUUUGUCUGUAGCUCAUCACCAAGACAGACCCAGGUACCACUCAGACAGCUGAGUCCCUAACUCAGUCACAGCACUCAGCCGAAGCAGCCUAAUUUAACAAGACAAGUCUGUAAUCCCUUGACCCUCACAGGCUAUCAUGGACUCACACACAGAGGUGCACAGUGACCAUGCUCUCCCCUCAUUACACUUCCCAGAAGUCCCUAUAAUAAGGUAUAGCAAUACACAUGCCAUGACACACAGCUGAACGAAUGCACAUUUACGGACAUGCACACAACCACAAGAGCACACAGUGACUGCUCAUAGCAACAAUAUGACAUAUUCAACAGUCAUAUUUUUUAUCUACAACAUUUGACAGAUAUCCUCAAGUGAAUUUGCUGUAAGAAAUCCAUGACAGAUUGAUUUUCCAUUAUUUUUUUCAGAUCAACUAGGCCAGUUUAAAUAGCCAGUAGGUCUUUUAUGGUCAGGAAGUGAUGUGAUUUGUUGAAGACAUGAAUACAUGCACUGUAACCCCCGGAAGACUGAGGAGAUUGAUAUAACAUUUACACUGUUUUAUUAUUUUUUCAUCCACUUUAAAUAAACAUUCGGUCUGUGAUCACAAGGAACUUUCUCUAAGUGAAAUGGAUACACUUUUACAUGAAUUUAUCUAAGAAGACUCUACUAUGAUUAUUUGGCUUAUGGUUACAGAAUCACUCAUGAAUUAGAUUACAUACUUACCUAGGUGAAAUUAAUAAUGGAUAACUUAACUUUCUUUCAUAGGCAUGUGUAUAUACAUGACCUUUCGUGGUCUUCUUAGCAGGCCGAACAGGCGUUACUAAUGGAUAGAGCAGUAUUUUGUUCUCUUCACCCACAGUUCACCACCUGUCCACAUCUGCAGUAAUGAGCUCUUAAACGUUUGUAUUGUCCAUGGAUCUCAUGGUAGGAAGCCCGGGACUCUUUAGAUUACCAUCCAGAGGGACGAAGGGGUGGGAGGGACAGAGCUCUGCUACAGAAAGUACACACAUAGAACUUAAUCACCUCUCGAUUACUGCUUGUGUACAUAGUGUCAAAACUUUGGUGUUCCUAUACCUGCUCGCCUUUUACUGCACAAAAGCAGACAGACUGCUGUGCCUCGCACAUCAGGAAAAAGUCCCCCUUUUUUCCUAACAAUAUGACCUUAUUAAGUCAGAGAACAGUUUGAAGCCAGUCGGUGAGACAAAGGUGUGAGGAAACAUUGUUGCCCUGAGGGAAUUAUGUAGUCGGACUUUCAGCCACAGUGGAUGACAGGUAGACAGGCACCCCAUGGAGUACUCAUGCUGACAGGGUGCUUGUUUCUUGGGGACUUGCAGCAUGUCGCCCCCUUCCUCAUGAUUGUUCCUGAGUGCUAGUGGAUGUUUGUGAAUGUGUUAUUGAUUGGAAGAAUAUAAGGGAAAGCUUUGAGUGAAGCUAUGUAGCUAGCAGCUAGUGCGUGUGUGACUAUAUUUCCCACACUGCCAGGCAAGGUCGAUGGCUGGGACUGGACAAUCUCAUACAGGAGUGGGACAGGGAGGCACAGGUCAUAGCUUACGGAGAGAUAGACACUGGACAGGGAUUGAUUAGUUAGCCUGAACUUAGUCUGGUCCAUCAUUACAGAUAAGUGAUUUAGGGGAGGAAUGGGUGUAUCAGCUGAAUCUAUCACUGUCAGUUAGAGAACAGACAUAAUCUGCAUGAUGUCCUGUCUGUCUCAUUUUGGCCAGUGGCUUUGGAAAGUCUCCUGUCUUGGACUUUUUAUGCAAGAAAACUGUCCAUUUUAUGAAGAUAAGAAAGGCAUUUUUUGAUCAAUGGCCAUGCAGCUUUGAAAUGAUGUAAUGGAAAUUAAAAGGUUUUUCAUAAUCAUUUUCUCAGCUCACAGCAGACCGUGUAAUCCUUUAUUCCAAGUAGAGAUGAAAAUAACCGAAAUUGGAGUAAAAAGAUUUUUACCUGACAGCAAUGUUUAUUCUUCAAGGGGAUUUGCUAUUUCUAUCCUCCCAGACUAUUUGCUGCAGCCUCAUCUGUAGCGUAAUGUAGUAUCGAGACUGUGUUUUUUAGAGGAAUCAGCUGGGAAUUAGAUAAGGAGGCUUUGAAACUUUUGAGAAAACCGAAUAAAGAAAAACAACUGUGACUCACUCACUCAUACAGUGGACUAUUUUCAUUAUGUCUCCCUGUGUCAACCAUCUAAACAUGGGAAGAAAACGGCUGUAUGCAACAGAGGAAAUAGCAAUGAAGGGCAGUUGAAAGAUUACAGCAGAAUUAAGCGGUGUGUCACUCCAAGCUGCUGUAGUCUGUUUAGAAAUCACUUCAGAGGAAAUAGUGGAAAGGCACCUGACAUGUCUGUGUUUUUAUCCCAUAAGAUAUUACUGGUUCAUUUUAACAAUUUGCAUUGGUAUGAAUCUGUUGCCCUAUUUUAACUGAGCCUAAUCUAGGUCAUAGGCUACCUAGUCUUGAGAAUGAAAACCUGUAUGGCUUGAAGCCAUACCUGGCUCUGGCCCUGUCUAUUGGCCCUUGGUAGACAUGCUGUGAAGCAGCCAGCAAGCCAGCCAGCCAGGUUUGUAAGUUGCUACAGUGCAAACCCCAUCACAGAGAUUUGGUGGAGCUUCACAUGGUACCUCUGUACCAUUUCCAAUUCAUGGUUGUUUCUAUAACACUCUGUUUAGUGCGUCUCCAAUUUCACUGCCUAAUCUUAGCCUCCCUCUCCCUUUGUGCUGCCCUGCUCGCCCAUGAAUAUGGGUUGGCAAAUCAGCGAUGCACACUAAUGAAAUCAUUUGCUGUGAUUGAGGAUUAGAUGUAGCAGCAGUGGAAUCGAACCUGCAAUUUUCUCGGGGGAGUAAAAGGCGUGUGUUUUUCCAGGCCUUCAUUAUUCAUUCAUGACCACAAAUUCCUCUUACCCUUCCACAAACGCUCAAUUUAUUUUGUACACAAGCACCAGAAUCAGGUGUUCCGUAUGACAAUGUACCUCAGAAUGAUUGGAUAUGAUAUGAAGAUUGCUAUAUAUGGUGAAAAGUUCUGUUUAUCGUAGCGUCUAAUCCAACUGACCUCUUUUGCUGCUGCUCCUGUGAGAUGGAAUAACAUGACAGUAAUGUUAUUUUGACCACAAAGUGGGCUGUUGGGCAAUGUAACCUGGAUAUGACCCAGUUUAAACAUACCUUGCAACAGUGAGGAGCAUAUAAAUUCACUCCAAGUCUAUAUCACCUAAGGAUCCUUCAGGGUAACUGCACUGUACAGCUAAGUGGCAGGAGUCUCUCUUUGUAGCUGUCAAUUUGAAGUCAUCCUACUUCACAGCUUGUUCAUAUUUAAAGACACACAUUUGAGACUUGGUGAGUUGGAAACUUUGGUUCUGUAAAUUAACAAAUAUAUAAAUUAGAUGCUUAGAUUUUGUUCUGAAAAUACAUGGUUUCUUUAAUUAAUGGUUGUAACUGAUCAGAAAAUCGCGUGUUGAAGCCAAAGGUUAGGCUGUUCUUCGCUGGAUUAGUGUGGGGGUGAACAGAAAGGUCAUGUUCAUUUGGAGGGAUAAGGGUUAACAUGAAAAAUCCUGCUUCUCAAAGCUGUCUUUUCAUUUGUUGAAGUAUGUACUAUAAUUCCACUUAAUCUGAUGUUGGGAACAUAAUGUCGACAAGGUACUUACUUAUACAGAUUUAUAUAUUUCCAUAGGACCUAUUUAUAUUUCUGUAUUUAUUUUAGACUCUCCUAAUAAGUGAUGUCAUCACCAUAACAGAUAAUGAUAAGCAAUUGUGUGUAUGUACAGAGUUCAUAACAUGUCCAUGAUUUUUAAGGAAACAUGUCAUUACAUUGUAUAAUCUCUCUAUUUUGAUGCGGCGCAGGAGUGGGACAUUUUCGUUACAUGAUGCUACAGACCAAGACUUUCUACCUGAAGGCUCAACCUUUUUGUUUCAUGAAAGCAGUGACUGGUUCAACACUUCUUAUGAGGACACAAGACCUUUUGGGGAGGGCAGUAUUUUGACCGCUUUGCUAUUGAUCAAUGGAUAUCUAUUUUUUCUGCAUUUAACACGGGAACUAUGGGAAAAAAGCAAUAAGGGAACUGUACAGGUAUGGUGUGACUAGAUGUGAACCUGCGGGACAUUGCGCUGAUCCACGCGACAACCACAACACACACUGUAGCUGUGGCUCUUAGUUUGUGUGGCGGUGAUAGGAGUGAGGCAAAAACUGCAUUGUCGAUAAGCACACAUACUGGAUGAAAUAAAACGGUAUAGAAUAAAAUAUAAGG